CGUCGUUGUUAUCAAUAAAACUAACACGCUGCAAUCACUAUUCGCCAUUCAAUAUUCAUUAUUUUCAAUUUUGCUUUCUCUCCUCUUCGCAUUUGUUGAGUUGUAGACCUAUUUCUCAUUCGUGGCAUUCUCGUUUCUUGUGAUUUUUCGUUAGAAUUAGUCGAUUGAACAUGAGUAACGCUACCGAAAAAAAUCCGGCCAGUCUGGAGCAGCAGUUAGCUGCUUCAGACUUGCAAAAUGCAAAUGCAAAAAAACAAGGUUCUACAUCUGUCCUUAAAAGUAAGAAAACAGAUUCUAAAAAAAAUGAAAAAGCACCAAAAUCGCAAAAGUCUGUUGAAGAUAAUAGUAAACAACAAGGAAAGUUUGUAGAAUUACCAGGAGCUGAAAUGGGAAAAGUUGUUGUUAGAUUUCCUCCGGAAGCAAGUGGAUAUUUGCAUAUUGGACAUGCAAAAGCUGCUCUAUUAAAUCAACACUAUCAAUUGGCUUUUAAUGGUCGUCUAAUAAUGCGUUUUGAUGAUACAAAUCCAGCAAAAGAGAAAGAAGAUUUUGAGAAGGUUAUAUUAGAAGACGUUGAAAUGUUAAAAAUUAAACCUGACAUUUUUACAUAUACAUCUGAUCAUUUUGAUAAAAUGUUGGAUAUAUGUGAGAAUGGAAUGUUAAAAGAAGGUUUAGCAUUUGUAGAUGAUACCGAUGGAGAUACAAUUCGUUUGGAACGUGAACAACGGAUAAAUUCAAAAAAUCGAAAUAACUCAAUUGAAAAGAACUUGGAGUUGUGGAAACAAAUGGUCUUAGGUACAGAAAUUGGUCAAAAGUGUUGUGUCCGAGCUAAAAUUGAUAUGCAAUCGGCAAAUGGAUGUUUACGUGAUCCAACAAUAUAUCGUUGUAAACCUGAACACCAUCCUAGAACUAGUGAUAAGUACAAGUAAUAAUAGUGCCAUGCGGUGUAGGCGCUAGUACAGCAAACAAAGUCAAAGAGAACUUGACUAGAACCUGUUUAGAUGUGUGUAACCGUUUAACAGGAGAUAGUUUGAUAGAAAAUGAUGAUGAAAACGACAAUAGUGCUGGCCAACCUCUUAAGCCUUCGACAAUAAUUAGGGCAGAUACAGACUUGCGGGAUAAUUAUUCACCUGGAUGGAAGUUCAACCACUGGGAAUUAAAGGGAGUUCCAUUAAGGUUAGAAAUUGGACCGAAAGACUUGGAUCGAAACCAAAUGGUAGCUGUUCGGCGAGAUAAUGGAGAGAAACUAACCAUACCCUUAGAGGGAUGUUCAAACGAUGAUGGUGGAAAAGACAAGAUGGUUGAAAGAAUAACUGAAUUAUUAAAUCAAAUACAGCGAGAUAUGUACGCCAAAGCAGAAAAGGAAAUGAAAGAAAAUGUUGUGAUAUGUCGUAAAUGGUCUGAAUGUGCUGCACAUUUAGCAGCAAAACGUUUAUUAUUGAUACCAUUUUGUGGACGUCCUGCCUGCGAGGAUAACAUCAAGCGGGACACCACAUUGGACGAUGGUACUGCAGAAGUUGGAGCUUCGACAAUGGGAGCAAAGUCAUUAUGUGUGCCAUUUGAACAACCUAAAGGAGAAGAACAAUUAAAAUCCAACGAUCUGUGUAUACAUCCAGAAUGUGGACAAAUGGCUGGGUCAUUUACCCUAUUUGGACGCAGUUAUUAAUUUAAAAUGUUUGUUGGUAUAUUAAGUGAAACUAUGAUGUCCAUUUUUUUUUCGUGCAAAUAUUACAACUGCUUAUGAUAUUAAUGUAUAAAUAUAGAACCAUCAUUUAUAAA